AGAAAAUAGCUCGGAAUUAUCUCUUUACAACUUUAUUUUUUUCAGUUAACAAAAGCAUUUCUACACUCUUGACAGUACCGGAAGGCAGCAUCUCCGCUGACAGAUACACCCGGAUGAUUCAGUCGCUCCUGUAGCAACAUCAACGACAGACAUCCACGAAGGCGGAGAACUAAUGAUACGCCUCCUGUCAACCUUAACUGAGCAGUGACCCAUUUCAACAAAAUGAUUGCAGAGUUAUCCAACCCGUCCGUGUGUAUGAAGAACCCUCAGAGGGUGCAGGAGAUCCUGGAGUCCAUGGUGAAGGCAGGCUCCAACACCGUCCAGGUGAUCUCCGAUUUUGACAUGACUCUGACAAGGUUUGCCUAUAAUGGCAAAAGGUGCCCCACGUGUCACAAUAUUCUUGACAACAGCAGACUCAUCUCCAAUGACUGCAAAGAAGAGCUGAAGGAGCUGCUCGACACCUACUACCCGAUAGAGAUAGACUGCUCACGUCCAGUAGAAGAAAAACUGCCUCUCAUGGUGGAGUGGUGGACUAAAGCUCAUGAAAUACUGGUACAGCAGGAGAUUAAGAAAGACCAACUGGCCAUUGCGGUACGGGAGUCCGAAGCUAAGCUGAGAGACGGCUACCAGCUCCUUUUUGACCACCUGCAUGAGCACAGCAUCCCUCUGCUCAUCUUCUCAGCUGGAAUAGGAGAUAUCCUGGAAGAGGUUAUUCGCCAGGCGGGAGUCUUCCACCCCAACGUCAAAGUCUUCUCCAACUACAUGGACUUCGACGAGUCUGGAGUUUUGAGGGCUUUCAAGGGAGAGCUGAUCCACAUCUACAACAAAAGGGAAGGUGCGCUGCUCAACACCGGCCACUUCCAGGAGCUGCGCACGCGGCCCAACGUGCUCCUGCUGGGAGACUCUCUGGGUGACCUGAACAUGGCCGACGGGGUGCAGGACAUGGAAAACAUCCUCAAGAUUGGUUUCCUCAAUGACAAGGUGGAGGAAAGGAAACAGUCCUACUUGGACGCAUACGACAUUGUGUUGGUAAAAGAUGAGACCUUGGAAGUCCCUAAUGCUGUAAUGCUCUACCUUACUGGCAAUAAGUGAGCACAGAAUAUCACUGGCCCCCUUUUUGUAUUCCACACUUCAGCCCCAUUGACUAAGGAGCCUUCUGCUUAGAAAGUAAGAGUUGAAUACUUAUUUACUGGCCACUAAGAACGUUUCAACAUCAUUUUAUCCACUAGUCCAGACAGCCACGUGCCUCUUUUAUUUCUUUGUCCCUCUUUGUGUUUCUGGUAAAACUGUUUGCAGCACAAGCUCGAUUUGCACCGUCCACCUACUCUGUGGCGUGUGUGUGCGUGCGUGUGUGUGUGUGUGUGUGUGUGUAUACGGUUGUUGGUUUUUUGUCUGUCUGUUUAUGGAAGAGAUUAGCGUGGGAUCUGCAUAUAGGAUGUUGUGAUGAUCAAGCUAAAGAAAACACAUAACUCAACAGUCGUUUACAUUAAAAGGCUCAUCUCCAGCCAAUUUCACCACAUGUUUUAAAAAAAAGAUUUAAUGUUUUUUUUACAGUGUUGAGUUGUCAAUGUUCUGCUCAUAUUGUUAAACAGCUG